CACGAGCAUCACACGCGGCCGCGGCGUCCCUCCUGACGUGACGUGUGACGUGAACGGCGCGGCGCUUUCGUCCUUCCACUCAACUUGCUCUCGUUGGCAGCGGUGUGGACGGCAGCGGCGGCGGCGGCUCGAGCAACGGCGGACGCGCACGGAGCGGCAGACGCGGCGCGCAUGGGAGCGUCCGCCGGUGCGUCAACACACCAUGGCUGACGACCGCGCGGGCCGCUGACGUGCACGGCACCGAGGACCGGCGGCAUCCUCGUCCUCACCGUGGGGUGGCCACUCUGACACUUGGAUUAACACUUUGCGAGACUCCCCUCCCCGGCACCCCCGCGAAGGAAUAUGGCUCGUUUUCCCGCCAGCUGUCCGGAUCUGUAAGCAGGUGGAAUUCCUCUUCCUCAUCCUCCUCUACCUCCCAUCCCACUCUGGAGCCCCAACACGGACGCCCCCUUACUGCCUCGCCCACCCCGCCCCGCACCCCCUUUUUCCCGGAGAGGACACAGGUGUGAUCGCAUGGCCGCCGUGGUCUGACGGACCCUCUUGCCCCACCCCCCGCCCCCGUUCUCCCCGAUUCCCAAGUCACCUUGGAGGUCCUCAAUCCCACACCUGAGCCACUCCACCUCACUCUUCCUCCUGAAGGUGAGAUUUUGGCUGGCAGAGUGUGACCGCCCCCCCCCCCUCCUUUGCCCCCACCCCUGCCCCUCUCCCCCCCAAAACAAAAUGAGACUCUCCAAAAUGUGUCGGCUCAACGCGCUCAGCAUCUACUUGUGGGAGACACUCGUCUUCUUCAGCCUGGCGGCAUCCAAGGAAGCGGCCGCCCGGAAAGCCGCAUCGCCGAUGCCACCAUCCGAAUUCCUAGACAAGCUGAUGGGCAAAGUUUCGGGUUACGACGCCAGGAUCAGACCCAACUUUAAAGUGUGGAACAAAGACCCCAAAGGCUCCAAAAAUGAAGCUACUCACAAGAAAGGUCCUCCCGUCAACGUCACCUGCAACAUCUUCAUCAACAGCUUUGGCUCCAUCGCCGAGACCACCAUGGACUACAGAGUGAACAUCUUCUUGAGGCAGCAGUGGAACGACCCCCGUCUGGCCUACAGCGAGUACCCGGACGACUCUCUGGACUUGGACCCGUCCAUGUUGGAUUCCAUUUGGAAGCCCGAUUUGUUUUUUGCCAAUGAGAAAGGGGCCAACUUCCACGAGGUCACCACCGAUAACAAGCUGCUGCGCAUCUCCAAGAACGGAAAUGUGCUCUACAGCAUACGAAUAACACUGGUGCUGGCCUGUCCAAUGGAUCUGAAAAACUUUCCGAUGGAUGUGCAAACGUGCAUCAUGCAGCUGGAAAGCUUUGGCUAUACGAUGAACGACCUGAUCUUCGAGUGGGACGAGAAAGGCGCCGUGCAGGUGGCGGACGGCCUGACGCUGCCUCAGUUUAUCCUCAAGGAGGAAAAAGACCUCAGAUACUGCACCAAACACUACAACACUGGCAAGUUCACGUGCAUCGAAGCCCGCUUCCACCUUGAGCGUCAGAUGGGUUACUACCUGAUCCAGAUGUACAUCCCGUCCCUGCUCAUCGUCAUCCUGUCCUGGGUGUCCUUCUGGAUCAACAUGGACGCCGCCCCCGCCCGGGUGGGCCUGGGUAUCACUACCGUGCUCACUAUGACCACGCAGAGCUCGGGAUCCAGAGCCUCCCUGCCCAAGGUGUCGUACGUGAAGGCCAUCGACAUCUGGAUGGCCGUGUGUCUGCUCUUCGUCUUUUCAGCGCUGCUGGAGUACGCUGCCGUCAACUUCAUCGCUCGCCAGCACAAAGAACUCCUUCGCUUCCGCCGGCGGCGACGGCACAUGAAGGAGGACGACGGCGGCGACGGUCGCUUCAGCUUCCCGAGUUCGGGUUACGGCGUGGGCCCGACAUGCCUGCAGAAGGACGGCAUGACGGCCAUUAAGGGCAACAACAACAAUGCCCCGGCAGCAGGGGCGGGGCACGCGGUGGGGGCGGCGCCCGAGAAGAGUAUCGAGGAAAUGAAAAAACUUUUCAUCAGCCGCGCCAAACGCAUCGACACAGUGUCGCGGGUGGCCUUCCCUCUCGUUUUCCUCAUCUUCAACAUCUUCUACUGGAUCAUCUACAAGAUCAUUCGCAGCGAAGACAUACACAAACAAUAAACGCAAAAUCGCAAGCACCGCGCUCCCCCUCUAGCGUCCUCUUCCUCUUUGGCUCCCUCAUCCUAUCAUCUUCCCUACUCUUUAUCAUAAUCUUCCUCCUCUCUCUCAUCCUCAUCUUUUGCUCCUUUUCAUUGUUCCUCAUCUUGUACUUCUUUCUCAUUUUCUCAUCUCCAUUUCCUCUUCCUCCUACCACCUCUUUAUCAACACCUCCACACCUUUCUCUUCUCCAUUUCUUACUCCGUCUUAUCCUCCUCUUCUUGCCCCGCUUCAGAAUCUUACAUGAUACACAGUCCCUCUGCAUUCUUCAUCCUCCCUUUUCUCCUCUUCCUCCAGACAGGAAAUGAAUGGCUGCAUGACAAGCGGAGUCAAAAAAAGAAAGAAAAAUCUAGUGAGCUAAAGAGGCUACGCCCACCAAGCCAUUUGGGCGGAGUCACCUCCAUAAUAGCGUCACAAACUCAAGCUCCGCCUCUUUGUUGGGACAUGACCAGAAUAUUUAUGAACUUUUUGAUUUGAUGUUAAUGCUAGCGCGCUAAUCUCUUCACCCCCAGCAGUGAUGACAAAAAGUACAUUAAGACGCGCACAGGAACCUGUGCUUAUUAAUCUUUUGUUUUGAAACACUGAACAGAUUUGUUUCUUAUAUAUUUUAUCACUGUUAAAAU